AUGGUAGUUUGGCACGUUCAGAAGCCAUGGCUGAAGCAGAAUUUGCCCUAUCGAUCUGCAAACUUCCCACUUCUGGGCUACAACAGCGCUGGAGGAGGAAAUGCUUGGCGAGCAAGAAGACCUCCACAGAGCGUGCCCGCCAAUUACCAGGUAGAUGUGAACGAGCGGUACUUUGGCACGGUGAUCUUCUACCACAAGUACCGGGGUUAUGGGCCUCCCGUCUUGGAAGGAUCUGAAGGUUACAGAUCAAAGUCGCUUCCGAAAGAGGAGCUAAGCUCCUUGAGGUUUAUCGAGGCGACCGAGGCCGACAUCCCCACCGAGAAGGUCUUUGUUCAUUGGAAGCAGAUCUCGAGCGAUGAUCGCUUUCCAUUUCUGGUCAAGGGCUUGGAGGUGGAGUUUAGCUUGAUGACCUGGAAGGAUUGGCAAAGAGGUUUGAAUACUUUGCGCGCCAAGAAUGUGACCCUUGUGGGUGGCUUGAAUGUUGCCCUGCAAGAUGAGCUUGAUGCCAACGAGAAACUCUUCGUUGGUGGUCAGCACUUGAGAUACACUGGCUAUGAUGUGGAUCCAAGCGUCCCUGGUGAACUGCGAGUGGACCAUGAAGAGGUCAAUGCAGCAGGGCAACAACCUGUGCACAUGCGAAACAUCGCUGUGGAGUUCGGCAUCUACAGGAAUGAGAGGGGUCAGUACAAGGUCUACAACAUGACUUUGCAAGGUGGACAUCCUCUCACACAGGAUGCUUUGGAGAAUCGAAUAUCCAUGGGCAUUGGGACCUACAGAGGUGCAGUGGCAUUUUGGAAUUGGAGGCAAGGAUAUGGCUUCAUUCGGCCAGAUCCAUCCACCAUUUUGCCCGAGAAGGUGCCUGUUGUUCAUGUCCUGCCGAGAGAAAAUGCAAGGGUUCCUUCGCUCUUUCUGACACGAAGAUCAAAUGCAAAGAGCAGCAUUGAAAAAACGAUUUGUCUAACACUUUGCGACUCUUAA